UGGUUGGAGCCCUUGAGUGAGAAAAUGGCCAUCUCUCUCUCUCUCUCUUAAUCAUCAUCAUCAGCCCUUUAAAGAAAAAAAAUUUAUAAAUCCAACAAAAGGUGAAAGCUGGUAAGGAAAGAAAAGUAAAUUCAUACAAGCAAGAACCUGAUUCAAAGCGUUUUAGUGAGAGAAAGAAAGAAACAAAACAAAGAAAAAGAGAGGAGAGAGGAGAGUGGUUUUGUUCGAAUCAAAGAUGAACAAGCUAGAAAAAAGAAUUAUGUGAGAAACGAUCUCCAAAGAAAACAAGCAGCAUGUUCUUCUUUAGGAAAAGAGAGUGAGCCUAAAGACAGCCUUCUCCUGGCUGCUGCUGCUGCUGCUCAUCCUCCUCCUUCUCCCACCUGCUCUUUCCUUUCUUUUGCUCAAUUCUGUUUCCUUUGGCAAAAAAUGGGUCUUAAAUGAGGGGAAAACAGUAAUGCUAGGAACAUGGGCAAGAAAGGAAGUUGGUUUUCUGCAAUCAAAAAGGUCUUUCUGCCCCACUCCAAGGACAAGCUAACCAAUGAAUCAGACGGGAAACACACAAAAGAGAAGAAGAAGAAGAAGGGGCUAGGAAAACUAAGGCAUGCCGAUACAAAUUCAUUCAUUCCCCUGUUUAGAGAACCAAGUAGCAUUGAGAAAAUUUUGGAUGAGGCUGAAAGGGAGCAUAAAUUAAUUUUCAGGCCUCCCACACCUCCUGAGCAACCUAAAACACCACCUUUUGUGCCACCAAGAGUUCCUUCUCCAAGGGUUCCUUCUCAACGAGUUACAUCCCCAAGAGUUGCUUCUCCUAGAGUUUCUUCCCCUAGAGCUGCAUCUCCACGCGUUGCUUCCCCUAGAGCAGCUUCUCCGAAAAAUGUUCAUCAUCAUAAGGAGACAUACUAUAGACCAGAACCUAUUCUGAGGAACCAUCAUGCAUCGGCUACCAAGAUCCAAGCUGCCUAUAGAGGCUAUAUUGCAAGGAGGAGCUUUAGAGCUCUGAAGGGCCUGGUGAGGCUUCAAGGAGUGGUAAGAGGACAUAGUGUGAAACGGCAGACAGUGCAUGCGAUGAAAUGCAUGCAGCUCUUGGUUCGGGUCCAAUCUCAGAUUCAGUCACGGAGAAUCCAGAUGUUAGAAAACCAAGCACGGCGUCAUGCUCAAUAUAAGAAUGAUAAAGAAGUAGGGAGUACCUUGGGCAAAUGGAGCCUGGCUUCUGAGGCAGGUAGUGAGGAUUGGGAUGACAGCUUGCUAACAAAAGAGGAAAUUGAGGCAAGGUUGCAGAGAAAGGUAGAUGCAGUUGUCAAAAGAGAAAGAGCCAUGGCAUAUGCAUAUUCCCACCAGUUAUGGAAAUCAACUCCAAAAUCAGCUCAAUCAGCUCUAAAGGACAUUCGAUCCAAUGGCUUCCCGUGGUGGUGGAACUGGUUAGAGCGUCAAAUACCUCUAACAAAUCCUCCUGAAAGCCAAGCCAUAAAGAACUUUCAACUCACACCACCAAGUUCACAUUCUGAGAUGAAGCCUACUCCAAGGCCAUCGCCAAGCAACCUCAAGCAACAACAUUUCGGGUUCGACGGUAUGGACACUCCAACACCGAGAUCCAGUAAAUCAGUCGCAUUCAUGUCGACGAGGCAAGAACGAACUCCAGUAUUCAGAACUCCGCAAGCAAACAUCUCAAGCUUGUCAAAAUAUUCAAGAGCAAGAGCUAGUGGAGGAGGUGAAUCCCCAUUUGAUUUGCCAUUGAAGGACAAUGACAGCCUCACAAGUUGCCCGCCGUUUUCGCUACCGAGCUACAUGGUUUCUACAGCUUCAGCCAAAGCUAAAGCAAGAGCUAACAGUAAUCCUAAGGAGAGAUUUCCAGGCAGCCCAAGCAGUGAAAAAAGGAGACUGUCAUUCCCGUUGACACAAAGCAUUGGAUCAUUAAAGGGGAACAGAGGAUCUUUGAUCUCUAACAAGGAUCCAAAUUCUCAAAGGGUUUUAGAUAAACAUGAGUCACUUCAAUCCACUGGAAAUUUGAGUGUGGAUUCAACAGUCUCUAUGCCUGCUGCGAUUGGAAGAAAACCAUUCAACCGAUUUGUGUGAUUUUCUGUUUUUUCUUUUUUUUAACAUUUAUUUUUUUCAUUUUUGAUGUCAUUUGAUUGAGUGUAUGGUGAUAUUUUGAGUUAGAAAAUGUUAAUGUAAUGUAAUAAAGAGCAGGAAAUGAUGGUUUGUAUGUAAGAGUUUGAGUUUAUUCUUA